UGACUCUGGGAUUCUUUGGAUGCGAUGCGCUAACAUUGUUUGACAACACAGAAGCUGUAACGCCACAUCCGAUUUACUAUCAAUGUUUUAUUAUUCUAUGAUUAUGCGUUAUCCGCCGUUUAAAAGCGUGUUUUGUCUAGGAAAUUAAACGAAAAUGGCGAAAAAAAUGCUCGCAUAUUUAUUCCAAAGAUGAUGGCCCUCAAAGCGAACAUAAUGAACAUCGUUAUAUUUUUCCUGAUUUUAUUCCAUUUUCGAACUUUCAUUAAGUGUUCUGUUUUUUAUGAUGAUAAUGAAAGAGACUGCAAGGUGAAUUUAAACGAUGGAAUUAAUAAGUGUGAGUUUAAUUUCCAAGAUGGCAGUUGGGGUGAACUCUUCGUGUCAUUGCCUUCAAUCCAUGACUGCAUCAAUCAGUGUCUCCAUAAAGAAUAUUUAUUUCGUUUCAAAAACUAUACUUUGCCAGCUUUUCCGCAUGCUACAUUUUCGAAUCUCAGAAACGGAACUUUGAAAUUGGAAAUUUCUAAUGGCAGCAGAAUAUCAUUGUUGUCACCAUCACUUCCCAAGUAUUCCAUUUUUCAAAAUUCAUCAUUUAAUUCGGUGAUUUUUGAUGUUAGCGACUCAUCGACAUUAAUUGGAUGGAACUGGACUGUGUUACAAGAUUUAACGGUAGUUUCAAGUAAAGGGUUUGAAAUAAACAUCGUGAGAUCGAAGCUUGUAUAUCUGCAUUCUGAUUUCAACAAGGUGGCGAAAGGGCACAUAACUGUCGUCCGAAUAUUAAAGUGUGAACUGAAGUGGCUAGGGAAGAAUAUUUUUGCUCCACUUAUUUCUUUGAAAAGUCUUGAACUUCGAGGUAAUCUUAUAAAAUUUAUUCGUCGCUCUCAACUUCCAAGAAGCACAUCUGCAUUGCGAGUGUUGGAUUUGGGGAACAAUCGAUUGACGAGCCUUCCUCCAGACAUCUUUGACGACUUGAAUUUACAAACGGUUCUGCUGGACGGCAACAGACUGAAGAUAUCUGAAGCUCUCAUGGAAAACAUUGUAAAUAAUGACCAACAUAUUCAUAUUUCAGGAGCAAUAUGGCCUUGUAAAUGUGAUGUUGACUUCAUUUUAAAAUUUCUGACCAGUUUAUAUGAUAUGGAAUGCUAUGAUGAUAGGAGCAACGAAAUCUUCAAUUUUCGAAAAAUGUGUCUCCUUUAAAAUGCGAUGCAAUGGCAGAGAAUAAAAAUAAAAUCCUGCCAAAUAUUUUUAGAACAUUAGCUAUUAAAUUAUUUGAUAGAGGUUGUUUUACCUUCAUUCAAAAUUAUUAAACAUUUUAUUGCAGAAACUAUUAAACCAGAAUAUUUCGUCUGUAUACGUUGUGAUACAGUAUAACAAUAAGGAAAACAAAUUUAUUUAUUUAUUCAUUUAAAAAUUUAAUUAACUGUUAAAAUAUUUACAUCGAACAGCUGAUAUUUUUUUUUACAUUUUAAAAAGUAAUAAAUGAGCAUUUUUUUUAACUUAAUGUUCCCUGUCUCCAUUUAAUAUAAAAGUACUGAUUGAAGAAUGCAUGACAUGACUAUUAAACAAAUUCAUUUAACUUUAUUUUUCUGUAAAGAUGAGAGUUUGCAAUUGAUGUUUUUUCAUUCAUUUCUUAUCUUCUACAUUUAGGGAAGAAAAUAAAAAGAUUGAAAGAAUUUAAUUAUCAGUUAAUCGAUAAAUGUACUUAAAAAUUUGUUAUUCAAAACCAGGGCCGCCACCUUCUGGUGAAUUUUAUAAAACAUUAUUUGAAGAUUCUAUUAUUAUUUUAAAAAAUGCAUUAUCAUUUACAGGCUAACAAAUAAAAUAAAAUCAUAUUUAUUAGUGC